CUGGGAUUUGCAGGAAAUUUGAUUUGGCCACACCAAAGACGUCACGAGAUAGAUUAUUGUCAUACAAGAAGGUUUUCUCUGGGACAGCGCCGGCGCUUAGUUAGAAGUUGUAGAUAAGUACUUGCCUGAGCUUUCUUUUUUCGGUUCUUGUUGAUUCCAGUUAGGACUGCUCCACCAACAUCAUAGAAGAAGGCUUCAUCUAUACUGAAAUUGCAACGAAGAAGGAGGAAGGAUUGAGUUCAGUGAUGUUGUCGUACUUGUCGUGCAUGAUCGUUGCAGCGCAGCUUCAACCUCUGCGUUGAUUUUCAGCCGUAGGACUCUGACUCGUGGAAAAUCAUGUUGUCGACAUCAACAACGCCCAUGGACAAGCUCGGUCGCGUGCCGGAGGCCGUGCGAGAGCGUACCUGGGGACUGCUGCGCGUCGGUUUGUUUUUUCUACUCCCGGUACUUGCGCGAUCCGACGAGCUAGCAAGGAGCCAUCUCGCGACAGUUGCAGUUGUGCUUUUCUUCCUGCAUCCGCUUGGCUUCGUAGCCGAUAAUCGACGGGGAACCCUUCUAUGGGUGUGCCUCUCGCUACAGUGUAUUCUUUUAGCAUUGCACUGGAUGGUCGCGGAGGUGCAUCGAAAGGAGCGAGACAACCUUCCAGGAGCGAACGUAGAUAGUGGCCUCAGCUUGUCAUCCUUAUGGCCCAAGCAAAAUCGACAAAAAGAUGAAUCGACUUCACGUGAUUCAUGGCCAACAUUUCACAGCUGAAGCGGGAACAGACACUACCAUGUCUAGCUUUUCGUAAUACCUUGUGAAUGUGACAUGAGGCAUGUACUCGAUGUAACUCUUACUCAGGACUAUCACAUUUCGUCUUCUAAUGCAUCUUCGCCAGGAGGCUCCCUCUGCCGCGUCUUCCGCAGCCGCGUUGAACUUGUUGGCAGUUGGAUCGGGAGAGCGACAUCAUGCGGUGAACGACAAACCAACUGAGGCAGAUCGCGACGAUGUGAUACCCGACGACGAGGAGAAGUUUCACCGUCCUUUCGCAGAGCUUCUGCGAGUAGACAAGCAGAAGUCGAAAGCCGGAUCACAAGCCGUGAACUUGAAUAAGGCGUUUUUUUGCUAGAUGAUAAGGACAAAAUAUGAAUAGAAUUCCCUUCCAACUGAGCAACCAGUUUUCAGCGUCUCUUGUGCUACUUAGGUAGAGUCAAAAGCGUACACUCUCUAGAUCUCUGAAGUCUGUUGCUUUUGAUAAAAACAAGAAAUUUGAUACUCACUCGUAGGUAUUUCUCUCUUCACGCUUUGACCACUGAUAUUCUACAGUAUGUUAUGCUUUGGUGCAAAGAUGAAGAAAACCACAUUCAUAGAGAACCUCGGCCACUCCCAGACACAAGACACGGACACGCCAAUAUUGUACCAUGUUUCGACGCAGGAAGAAGAAAACGCUCAUCUCGGCGGUAUCUCAGACAAAACGACCAAAAACGUUAUCUCCAUUUAUGUCCCCUGGCGCUUAUAUAGCCAGUGGUUCGAUCCCGAUGUUUCAAUUUCACUUAGAUAGUUGGCUGUUCGAGAAAAGAACUCACUUUUCAUCGAAAACGAAACUAAAUUCGACUAAAGGGCAUGAUUGACCGUAAUCAAAAAUUCUAAUCGGAAGUGCUCGUUGCUACUCCAGACGACAGCCAGGACGACGUUGGGCAGACAGUCUAUUCAUUUAUCAAUCAGACAGAUCCGCUCACCAGUAUCGCAGAAGUGGUGGUUGUUGAUCCCAGCGGGAAGAAACACUACAACGAGGAGCAAAUCCGCACAGCCGGCAUCAAGGGGAUGGAGUCGCUGGGAGCAAAGGGUACUUCUAACUGCAUGUUGCAAGCGCCUGGUACCUGAGGUGCGGCAAUUGAAUCAGUGUCAUGCCGCAUUAUUCUUCUCGAGGUCGUUCGACUCUUCGUUCUAGUAACUUCGAAUGCCAAAGAAAUGACAAAGUAGAUGAAGUGAUUCGGACUAAGUCAGCUCAACAAGAAAGAUUGCUCUCCUAUGCCAAACAAAUCCUCUACAGCUUCGAUGAUCCGAUUAGAGAAUUCGCAGGAAGCCAUAUCAGCAUCGGCCGCGCGGAAUCUCGGUGCGCGAUUGACGCGGGGUGCGAUUCUAGUAUUUGCGGAUGCGCACCUGCGCGCUUCCAAGAACUGGAUGGUGCCGAUUGUCCGCAACAUCAACAUCAACUACAAACGAGUCGUAGCACCAGUUUUGUACGACAUUGCGCCAGACCAAAAAGUCGCAGAUCCGGUACUUCGCGUUUCUUGGCAAUUUUUGUCUCGGUUCUUCGACUAGAACUUUGACCGUCGUUUCUAGUGACCUGCCUCUUUAAGAAGGACGAUGCGAAUUAGUAGACUACAAGAAGGUAUUGUGACUACCAAUACCACUUUCCAAUCUAUCAUUGUAGCACUAACAGCUUUUUUUUACUUGUACUAAUUGCAAACUAUAACACAGCGUGCGGAAAUUAGGAAUUUUAAGCUGGCAUUUUCCUCAUGGAAAUUGGACCUCGCCUGGGUCGACGAUAUGACGAAUGCAGUGCCUGUCAUGCGUGGAACGGUCUUCGCAUUGACGCGUCAGUGGUGGAACGAAGUCGGAAAGAUGGAGGAAAUGCCACAUUAUGAAUCAGCGUGCAGCGAAUACAGCUUGCGUAGCUGGCUAGCCGGGGGUGAGCUUCAGGUUAUUCCUUGUAAUAUAAUUUUUUGCGUAUUUGUCCUGGGUGGCUGUGUACUGUUUAAUACUUCUUUCGUUCUUAUAAAUAUAUCUGUGGUUGUCGUCAGAUCUUUUUCGAUGUUAACUGAUUUUUUUAUUGAUGUGUUUCAUCAGGUAGCGCGCGAUUCGGUACUCGGACAAACAAAGGACUACCGAGAGUCGAACGCACAUGCACAGGAGUAUCGUGUACAGCUAGUUGAAAAGUUGUUCAACAAAAACGCGCGCGACGCUUUUUACAAAGCCAGUCCCGGUGCCGAGGAAAAAUACAAGCUGAAAUAUCAAUUCAAGUUAUGCUUCCUGUGCAGUGCAUAGGGAUAGGAUACAAUCAGAAAUCUGCGCUGUGACCUUCCAUGCAGAAGAAUUGAUUUUUACCGAAACCGACCACAUGAUUGAGUCCGUAGAGGAAUCAAUUGGUGAAAUCGCUUACAGCAAUGAACAGUCUUUUGAUCACAUAGUCCCUCUGUAUGCAUAUACGUUCCAGGGCUCAGGGCUGAAGGCCCGCCCCCGAUCUAGAUUUUUGAGGGGGGGAGGCCUCCAGCCCCGGGCCCUUUUUCUCGAGGAACUGCCGGGCGGGAAGGCCUCCAAGCCGCGCCCACCUUCGCGCCCUCGCGGCUUCUUGCCUGUACCCUACAGAACCCAAGCCCCUGAGGCCUCUCCAGCACCGACGGCCGGGGGUGGAAGGCGGCAAAGGUGGCGAGGCUUGACACCCUUGCCGUGUUGCAUGUACCUGACAGACCUCCCGCGUGGGGGCUCCUCACUUGGGGAGUAACUGAGUACCUUGGCGGGUGGAAGGCCUCUGAGGGCAGCAGGUGGCAAGGCUUGACUCCUUUCGCCGUGCUGCAUGUAUCUGACAGAACCCAGGUGGGCACGCCUCGCCCCCACACCUCCUCGCCUUUGGUCCUCAACCUCCCAGGCGUUUGGUGGCGGCUGACGCUGCCACCAAUUGGGGGAAUGAGGGCCAAAGGGGCCAGGCCUCGCGACCGUGGCCACCUUCGGCGGCUGUCUGCCCCCGGAGGCCGCCCCCCUGAUAGGGUCUUCGAGUCGGGACGCCGGUGGGGUACACGCGGAGAGCCGCAAGGGGGCACCGGCUCCGCCUUCUGGGGCCUUUGCUCCCGGGAAUCCUUACACGUCACCACCGCGGAAAUAAGGGCGCGCCGACGCCGCCGUCGCUCCAUCCACAGGGACGGGCCUCCCUCCCUGGUACGUAUAUUUAUAAGUGUGCCAUCUUGGCUUGUUCUUUCACUUUCUAAAGAUAGUCGAGGCGGGUAAUUCACAUGCCAUUGUGGCGAAAAACGCCGUCGCCUUGUCUACCUCAACGGAUACUGAAAGCAAAUUUGAGCGCUUGGAAGGCUUAAUGCCCCAAAGCCGCAGGAUUUUAGAGGAUGAUGCAGAAGAGCGAGUCGUUCUUGUCAAUGGCGCACGCGUUCCAAGGUCGUGAAGCCUGCCUUUCUAUUCCCUAUGCAGAUAAUUGAAUGAUAGACGAAUUGCGAACACGAAUCACUUCUUGUACUAGGCAAAAGAAGACAUUUUUUUUGCUCAUGUAAAAAACUUGAAACCUACUUCAUUGUUGAUAGAUCUACUCUUAUUUGCCAAACCUGUUGCCAGGUCGCAAGCCACAGUAAACCUCGCGCACAAUGUUGGGGAUGGCCAUGCUCCUGCAGGAGGAAACGGCGCGUCCUUAGAGUUGAAAAGUUUUACGAGCUACUUGGACUACUUCACGGAUGAAUUCGUGAACCAAGGCUUGUUAGAGCCACGAAGAUAUCGAAUAGAAAACGGCGCAUGCGACAAUUGCUGUAUGCAUGCGUCACUCGGUGGCAGUCCAGACUGGCGCGUCGCUCCUUGCGAUACAAAUCGCCCGGAAUUCCUCUUCUAGUAUGGCUAAGGAAAGUACCCCAACAUGUGUUUGAGAAGAAUAGAUGUUGAUGAAAAACAUUGAUACAACGAAUUUGAUUUUGAAGAUUGGAAUACUUAUAUUAAGCGAUCUCUAACUCUUUUGGUUCUACGGCAACGGGGUCCGAAAUGCUCAACAUAGAAAGUGCCUUGACGGCGCUUUUCCAUCGAGAGAGGGGCAUCUGCCAAUCGCUUACAGCUGCAUGAAGGUAAACCGCAACCAGGAAUGGCAAUUCCUCGGCAAGAAGCUCAUGUGGGGAUCCUACUGUUAAGGCCUUACAUACAAAGAUUCGUCCGUACUAGCGUUUAGAUCAUUUCCAAUGAGUAGAAGCAUCUCGUCUCCUUCACUGAUAUUCGUCUGAGACUCGUGAGCUAAAACAAGUGUCGUAGGGUCAUCAUUCCCGCAAGGCUGUGCAACUUUGAGGCGCUGCCACAAGAGGGAUUGUACACACUUCUAAUGUUAUCUGGAGGCCAGCAAUGAUGACCCGAACAACCGCUUUCUGAAACUGCAGAGAUGUAUGGCAGGUAACAAGAGACAGGAAUUUUCAAUCGUAGAACAAGACGUGAGCACUGGAGUGUAGGAGUACGAGGGUCUUAGAGGUAUUGUUUGUGCAUUCACGGAUAGAAGGAGUGGUACUCGUUGUAUGUGUUUGUGUGGGAUUGUGUCGAUUGCUCAAAUAAGGGGAAAUGGAUGAAUGUAAUCUCAAGCAACAGUUUUUCUUUCCAGGAACCCAUGUGAUUCCAGUUCACUAUCAGAGCUAGUCUCUACGGAUGCUAGGAACAGCAUCAUCAGAGCCACUCGCAUGACAUCCACAUUGUCAACUUGUGCAAGCGUGACAAAGAUAUGCACCGGCUUUCAAAAACCUGAGAAGGAAAGCAAUCACUAGCAGCGAAACAAAGAGGGAGCCUUGAAGAAUGAAUGUAGUCCCUAGGAACUUAGAGAAAAAUAAAGGAGAGAAGGCUGCAAGCAAAAUUCUGCCUGUUGCAACAAUGUCUCCGUAGAAAUCCAUUUCAGCAUGAUUCUAUGCGCACUGCCAAAGCAACGCGGAUGAGGCUGAGAGACAGACAGGACACGUUGGGCGAGCGUAUCAACAUCAGAG